CAAUGCAUCUUUUGCCCAUUUCCAUCUUUACCGGAUGGAUAUCUGCCAUCUGUGAUGAGCUACUUCCUUCCCUUUGACCUCUAAUGUUUUCCCCAUGGCCAUCUUGCUUUCCCCCUUUUAGGAGAGUAUUGGAAGAGAAAGGGAGGGAAGAAAUUGUCCUCCGGUUAACGACUCUUCACAUGAAUGCGUUAAUUCUCUCUGUUACUGUUUAAAAACACUCUUUGACUUGACUAGUUACUUCGCAUUUCUUAUGUCUUGCAUUUGUAAAGAAACUGUUGUGGUUUUCAGAAUAUAGCUUUUAAAUACAAAACAUUGAAACCACAGUAAAUAAUGCAUGUGGAAGACGUGUGAUAACUUUACUAAAUUUUUAUGAAAAUAAAUACUCUUGUUUUAUCCAUAGAUUUUGAUUUUAAGAUCAAAAGCUGUUUUCUCUUAAUAUGAGAUAAAUUUUAUUUAUUUGCAUUUGUAGAUUACUUAUUUAAGGAACGAAUAUUUUCUUCAUGGAAUCAGUGAAUCAGACUAUCAUAGAUGCUCUUCAUUUUAUAUCAUUUAUUCAAGAUGUUUUUGCCAGAAAACGUCAAUUUGUUGAAACUCUGAGUUUGCAACAAUUUAAUAACAGUGUGAAAGAAAGGAACAAAGAACAAAAGAAAAUAGCUAAACCCCUACCAAAAGAAAAAGGACCUGCACAGGUUGUUAAACAAGUUGAAGAUCAUCAAAUUGCCAUAGAAAUGGAAGAACUUUCUUUAGUGGAUGCUCUGCUGGAAAAAGCUAGGAAUGUUAGAAUGAAAAAUAUGAAAUUACUAAAAGGAACUAAAGAAUAUAUAAACAAAUCACAGACAUUUACAGACCCUUCUGCUUCUAAAUCCAAUAAAUUAGAAUUGCAGCACAAAAUGCGUAUGCAUAAAAACAUUAAAGAGGCAAGUGGAGAUAAAAGAGUAAUAGCUCACAGCAAAAGUUGUUUAAUUUCUUCAACAGUAAAAGCUGCAGUGGUAUCACGAUCAAAGUCUGCUAAUGUAUAUCAAGUUACCAAAGAUAUUGAUAAAGUGCCAAAAACAAAUGAAACUGUCACCAAAAUGAGUAAUACAAAAAAUAAGUGCCUAAACAAAAAAAGUGAGCAAAAAAUAUAUGAUAAAUGCAACUUGGCUGUUCUUUCAAACAAAGACUUCAAAAAAUUAUUUUCUGAUCAAAAUGACUGUGACAAACAAACAAAUGAUAAAUUAUUGAGUACAGAAAAUUUCAAUACUCCUCUGAGUUCAGAUUGCUUUCAAUUUUCAAAUCAUCAAAGUUAUUUUCCUACAUACAGAAAAUUCCAGAAUGAACUAAAACAAUCGUAUGCGUCAAAAUCUUGUUUUAAGCUGCAUCCAAGUGUCAUAUGGUAUCCAUAUUUAACUGCUAAAAAUAAAAGUUAUCUUUGCAGUGUUAAGCAAUUUGAUUCAUUUGAUAAUUUCAAGAAAACCAUGGAAAUUCUGCAUAAAAUACAAGAGACAAUGAUUUGGAUAGAUAUUCUUAAUUUUGUUGGAAACACCUUAUUUAAAUUACAGUUGUUGGAUAGAAAUGAUGAAAAUGUCAUACAGGUGUGCUCUUAUCUGAGUAGCAUUUGCCGUAAAGACCUUCAAAGAAUGCCCGUCUUAGAUUUAUGCUGAUUUAGAUGGCUGUUUUAUCUCAAAAUUUCUAUCACUCUAUAAAUAUCUCAUUGAAUCAUUUGUUUAGUUCUUUUUGUGUAUAAUCAUUAGAUAUCUUAACUAAGUCUUUUUUAUAUGCUACAGUUUUAAUUCAGCAGUUUUUUUCCCUUUUUUUGUAUUAGUUAAUAAGAAAUAUUCCUACUGUACUGAAAACACUGUAGUUUUACAGAUUUGUUAAAAAAAAAUAAUAAUUUGUGAAUAAACUGCAGCCUUUUUAUUUGGAAGUAUAAUUUAAGCUGCUUUCUAAGUUGUAAGAUCUGGUUUGAUAAAUGAAUUGUUUAUAAUCUAGUCCUCAAUUAUUUUUCAUCCUCUCAUUAUCAAUUUUUGAAUAAUUUUAAUUGUAAAAUAGUUUUGCCUUGUAAUAAAAUUGGGAAUUAUUUUGUCACAAGUCAUUAGUAUUUAUUUGCAUUGUAAAAAUCAUAAAAUAUUGCCUCUGAUAUUGUUAA